UCUUUCAGUUGUCUCUCACAGCACACACCCCGACGUGUUUCCUUAUCCAACAGCAACAGUCCUCAUAAACGUGUGAUUACAUUUGAUAUAUUAAUCCCUCUCACUUUUUUUCUUCUCGUCGUUUGUUGUCGACUCGUCCGGCGGUGGCUGUGUCUCCUCUUUUGGCGUUUCUGUUGGGGACUCUGCGUUGUCCGACAUCUUCAGGUGCAUUUUCUGUUGGUUUCCAAUUACGCAGAAGGCUUCACAUGGAAAUAAUACUUUAACCUGACAGUUGAACUUUACACUCGCUCCUCACGUUUGGACCAGUCAAGCAACAACAUGGCAAACAUCGGCAGGCUUUCCACCAAGGACGCAGUUCUCUUCCUGUGUGACAUGCAAGAGAAGUUCAGACCCAACAUCUUCCAGUUCACCAACAUUGUCAGCAAUGCGGCCAGAUUGCUCCAGGCCAGCCGCGUUCUAGGCAUCCCCGCCAUCUUGACAGAGCAGUAUCCUAAAGGUCUAGGUCCCACAGUACCAGAGCUGGGAGCAGGAGAACUGACGGCUCAUGCUAAAACGUCAUUCACCAUGAUGAUAGAGGAGGUGGAGAAGGAGCUGCAGGCCCUCGGAAAUCCCAAACAGGCGAUACUUUGUGGAAUAGAGGCACACGCCUGUAUCGCGUGCACAACGUUUGACCUGCUUGAAAAAGGAGUGGAGGUUCAUAUUGUGGCUGAUGCCGUCUCAUCCAGAAGCCAGACCGACCGUUUGUUUGCUCUGUCACGACUGAAGCAGAGCGGAGCUUACCUCACCACCACAGAGGCUGUUCUGCUGCAGCUAGUCCAAGAUGCCAGACACCCCAACUUCAAGGAGAUCCAGAAGCUCAUGGCCCACCCGUCCCCCGACACCAACCUCCUUGCCUUCGCCAGCACUCUGUAGGAAGAUCAUCAGCUGCCGUUCUGUCUCAUAAACACUGUACGGGAUGUCACCGCGUCCAACAUACUGACAGAUGGCUUCAAUAAAGAGAUGCUGCUACUUUGAAA